GUUCGUCCGGAUGAGCAUAUUUGGUUACCAUCAUCGGGCCCGGGUACUGUUGCAAGCAGUUCACGCGAUACCGAAUGCUAUGUUGGCGAGCGCGAUUGCCGGAAAGUUGGUGAUAAACAAAGCUGUGCCGCGUGCCACAUCGUCGCUCAUAGUGCAUGCUUACCGCUUCUAUAUCAGCUCCAUAUGACAUGCAAGACGACAUACUGGGAAGAGAGUCCGGUAAAGAAGCAGACUGAAGCUGGCUCAGAUGGACCUUUAACCAGACAUCACUGGGUACAUAAGUGGAAACACGAAGGACGAUGCUUACGUUGCGGUAAAUCGUUCCAACAAAAAAUCUUCCGUGAAAAGGUCAUUGCCUUUUCAUUAUUUUUGUACAUUAAAAAAUCAUUAUCACACUAUCACUUUUUUCACGUA